GAGAGAGAGUGUUCAGUGUGAUGCUUGCUCUACCAUUUCACAGUGAUCUUUGUGCUGCAAUGCUGCUGGGAAUCUCGGUUCAGGUUGUCUAAUGUAACAGUCGUCGCGCUGAAUAGGAAGGCAGUGCAUGGUGCAGCAUUAAGAUCAGCCCAGAUCCCCAUUAGACUGUAAACUUUGGAGAGAAAAUGGACAAACAGCGCAGUUGGAUUGUUGCCUCGGCUGUGCUUCUGCUCUUCGCUGCUGUGGCUCUGCUCCUGCUCACUGUGCAUGUGGAGGAGAUCCAGGAACCUCCACAAUAUAUGUAUGGGAUUGUGCUGGAUGCUGGUUCCUCUCACACGUCCAUAUACGUAUACAGAUGGCCGGCGGACAAACAGAACGGCACGGGCGUGGUAACCCAGCACAGCGAAUGCAAGGUGAAAGGAGGAGGGAUUUCUAGCUAUGCAGGUCAGCAGGGGGCUGCAGGCCGCAGUCUGGAAACAUGUCUCAAACAAGCCAUGGUGGACAUUCCCCAAGCACGGCAUCACCUCACACCUGUGUACCUGGGAGCUACGGCAGGCAUGAGGCUUCUGAACAUCUCCAGCCCUGAGAAAUCAAAGCAGGUUCUUCAGGAAGUGGGACAAACAAUCAAAUCCUUUCCUUUCAAAUUUCAAGGAGCGAAAAUCUUGAGUGGGAAGGAGGAGGGAGCUUACGGAUGGGUCACUGUCAACUAUCUGCUAGAAAACUUCAUCAAGUAUGGCUUUGUAGGCCGGUGGUUAAACCCAGGCAGACAGACGGUUGGUGCGCUGGACUUAGGAGGAGCGUCCACUCAGAUCACGUUUGUCAACCAGGAUGAAGUGGAGGAUCCAGAGAACAGCAUGACUUUGCGUCUCUACGGCCAAGACUAUUCUCUGUACACACACAGCUACCUGUGCUAUGGAGCAAUUGAGGUUCUGCGCAAGCUCUUGGCCCACCUCAUUACGACCCAGGACAGCAGCGACACCGUGCACCAUCCGUGCUACCCAUCAGACCACAGAGAGGACCUGUACCUGCAACAAGUGUUUGAAUCUCCAUGCACUAAAUCACAGCGUCCUGCGUUAUAUAAGCCUGAGAUGUUAAUGAUCGUUCAAGGCACAGGCAACUAUCAGCACUGUCUGAGGAACAUAUCUGAGAUCUUCUCCUUCCAGAACUGUCUGUUCUCCCAGUGCUCCUUUGAUGGCGUCUUCCAACCCAACACCAGUGGAAGCUUCAUGGCUUUUUCAGCCUUCUUCUUCACUCACAGCUUUCUGAAGAAGAGCACCGGCAUCUACAUCAGCACCCCGGUUCAGCUCCAACAGGCCGCUCAGACUGUGUGUAAUAUGACCCUCGUGAAGAUGUCUAAGGAUUUUCCAGAACAGAAGUCAUACCUGAGGGACUACUGUGCACUUGCUGUGUACAUCCAGGUUCUUAUGCUGAGGGGCUACCACUUCGACGAUAACUCCUUCCCCAGAAUUUCCUUUCAGAAAAAGGCCGGGGACUCCUCUCUGGGCUGGUCGUUGGGUUACAUGCUAAGCAUGAGCAGUAUGUUACCUGAGGAGAAUGUAAAUUCGAGAAGAGCCCUGCAUCCUGGAGCCUGGAUCUCCCUACUGCUUCUCCUAGCACUCCUCAUCAGCACCAUGCUCAUCUUCAUUGUUCUCCAAGUCUGCCAUAAGACGAGGAGUAAUGUCUGACCAUGACCAAUGGGGGGCGUAUAAGGAUUGCGACUGCUCCCCAUUUAGAAAUUGGAGAUAAUUAGAAAUAAUUAAAUAAGACUUUCUAACCUCAUAGUAAAAGCAAAACAACUAAAAGUAACUAGACAUUUUUAACCACAUGAGGCAUUUGUUUUGGUCUCUUGGAUUUGUGUGACUGAAUUAAAGAAAGUAAAGUUAGAUUAAAAAACACUAAAACUUGUUAUAAACUGUAAAAAAAAAAAAUAUAUAUAUAUAUAUAUAUAUAUAUAUAUAUAUAUAUAUAUAUAUAUAUAAACUAUUAUUAAAUGUUUAACUAUUUAACUAUUAUCUUACUGAUCUUACAUUUAUUUUAAAAUUGAGGAUUAACCUUUUAAGACCCUUUUCUCAGCAUCUGAGAGAAAGUGAAAACCAAGCCACAAAAUUUCAUUCAUGACAUUUGUAAGCACACAAAUAAAAUCUACAUCAUUUACAUGUGAUUUGAUUAACACAA